UUUGUUAAUUGAAUAAGUGAGCGACGCAUUUACCCAACAGAAAAUAGGACACGAGAAGCCCAUGUUUUCAUAGUUAUAUGCAGUAGGGGUUUGUUUGUAUGAAAACAGCUGUCUCUGAACUUCAGGAAAAUGUCCCUUUAUGAUGACCUGGGAGUUGAGACCAGUGAUUCAAAAACUGAAGGCUGGUCCAAAAACUUCAAACUGCUUCAGUCCCAGCUUCAGGUGAAGAAAGCAGCACUCACACAGGCAAAGAGUCAGCGCUCAAAACAGAGCUCUGUCCUUGCCCCGGUGAUUGAUUUGAAGAGAGGCAGCUCCAAUGAUGACAGACAGAUUCCAGAUACUCCUCCACACAUAGCUGCAGGAUUAAAGGACCCGGUGCCAAGUGGAUUCUCAUCAGGAGAGGUGUUGAUCCCCUUAGCUGAUGAAUAUGACCCUAUGUUUCCCAACGACUACGAGAAGGUUGUUAAACGGCACAGAGAGGAGAGGCAGAGACAGAGAGAGCUGGAGAGACAGAAGGAGAUUGAAGAGAGAGAAAAGAGGCGGAAAGACAGACAUGAAGCAACUCCCACUGGAUUCUCCAGGAGGCCAGAUCCUGAAUCUGACGAAGAUGAGGACUUUGAAAGAGAGAGACAGAAAAGAGUAGGUAUGGGAAGAGCAGCAAUCGCACCACCAACAUCCCUGGUUGAAAAAGACAGAGAACUUAUUGCUGCAACAUAUCCAUAUGAAGAAGAGGCCAGGCCUCGAAUUCCCUCUUCUAAAGCGGCAAUCCCUCCUCCGAUGUAUGAUGAACCAGAGAGACCCCGCUCACCGCCAGGGCCCACCAAUUCCUUUCUUGCUAACAUGGGAGGCACUGUUGCCCACAAAAUCAUGCAGAAAUAUGGUUUCCGAGAGGGUCAAGGUCUUGGAAAACAUGAACAGGGUCUGAGUACUGCCCUCUCUGUAGAGAAAACGAGCAAAAGAGGAGGAAAGAUCAUCGUCGGGGAUGCUGCAGACAAGUCAGCAGCAGCAAGUCAGCCCAUAGUGCCUGUGAGCGAAAUGAACACGUGGAACACAGUGGAUGCAUCUAAAAAAUCAGAUGGCAACCCAUUAACAGAAAUCCUGAAGUUCCCUACAAAAGUUGUGUUACUAAGGAAUAUGGUGGGCAGUGGGGAAGUGGAUGAAGACCUCGAAGGUGAAACCAAGGAGGAAUGUGAAAAAUAUGGCAAAGUUGUGAAAUGCGUUAUUUUCGAGAUUCCUGGAGUAAAUGAUGAUGCAGCUGUGAGAAUAUUCCUAGAAUUUGAAAGGGUGGAGUCUGCCAUAAAAGCUGUCGUUGACUUAAAUGGAAGAUAUUUUGGAGGACGUGUGGUCAAAGCGUGUUUCUACAACCUGGACAAAUUUAGAGUCUUGGACCUUGGUGAACAGAUGUGAGCAAUGAAGACAACCUCCACUCAGCAGUCUGUUGCUCAUUUUAUACCAUGAAGCUCGAUACAUUUUAUAUGGUCUAUUCCAAGCUUGGAAGGAAGAGGUGGAAAAACCUGAAAAUAACUCUAAUGGUAGUUUAUUGUUUUUAUGAUUUAUUUUUUCCACCAAUAUAAGUAAUUAUUACUUUUUUAAAAAUGUAUCUAGGUUUGAAGUCUAGUGUUGUCAUUAGUUUUUCCAUUUGUUUUUUUUAGUUUUUUUUAUUAUAAGAUGGCGCAAACGUGCUGUUUCUUAAUUUCGCUUUGUAACACAAAUAUAUCCCAGCUUACAAAGGUGAAAAACAUAAUGGAUCUAUAGCAUCUGCCCAUUUAUAAAUAAAAUGCAUUAAGUAUUGUCAAAGUUGGAAUUCAAAAGAGUAAAAAUGAACUUUUUUUUUUUUUUUUCAUACUCUGGUACUUUGUAUAAUACUGUGAUAAGUUUCAAUCCUACUUUUUAUCCCACAUGAUGAUAAUGUAAACCUGUGAGUAAAAUGAUAGUUCUUCAACUUUCUGGAAACCUCUAUAGUUAAAUUGUUUAACAAGUUAGUUACCUGUUGCGUGAUCCUUUUGCUGUGUUGUGUUGUGUGGUUUUUUUUUUUUUUAAGUUUGACAGCCCCAUUGCCAGGCAUUGGCUUAGCUAAUUAGUUAAACUGACUCGCAAUAGUGAGUGAGCUAAUGCCCUUCAGCCUUAAACAUUCUGUAUCCUUGACUUGUUCUAAGGAAAACCAUAUGCUUCCAGUAAUAUUUGCAGAGAUUGGAAAAAAAAUUAUAUAUAUAUAGCUCAGUAACUAUUACAACAUGAUAUGAAGUAUUCGUUAUCGUGUUUGUGCUCUUGUAGUAUUGCAAAGCAAAUGAUAACCUUUUGCUUUAGAGGGUCAUUAGGUUUUGCACAUCAGAAAUGGUGGAGUAUCAUUUUGAAGUGUAUCAUGGUUUUUCUGACCAGUUUUAUACCACCCCCACAUUGUCUAGUUAUAAAGUAAUACAAAUAAUAAUAAUAAUAAAAAAAAAACAGUUGUGUAUUCCACUUAUGCUAAAUCAAAGAUUUCUGUUUUUGUGUCAUGAUGAGUUUGUAGUUUACAACUACAGUACAAGUAGUAGUCCUCUGUUCUUCUGUUAUGAAUGUAAACAUCAGUCUGUUAAUGUUUUUGGACAAACAAAUAUAUAAAAGUGACAAGUCA